AUGAGCACCUGGCGCGGUACCUUCACAUUCAACAAGUAUAGCGAGAUCUGUGCGCGCGCAUUGCGCCAGUCGCUUAAGGAGACUGAGCGUGUCGCGGCUGAGAAACGCGGCUCGACUAUUCUCAGGUAUCAGGAGUGGAAGGAUGGCCAAGGCGGACAGCAGGUAUGUGCGCUUUCUCUCGCCCGCGUCUUGGUCCAGAGUGUAUGCGGCUACGACGGCUUCUCGUGCAACACGGUCGGCGGCCGACCCUUCCAUGAAAGUGCUUGUUAUGUUUCACCUAGGCGGCGGGUGUGA